AUGUCGUGGAAACGUGUACGUGAUGGUUGCCGUCAGCAGUCGGACUGUCGCAUCGGGACGAUGGCAUUCAAAUGUAUAGAGGAUGUGCGUGUUGGUGUCUCGACCGUCGCUGGUCGGUGGUUGCUAGCAGCAGCAGCCUUCGCUGCGUCUCUACCCCUCGUUCCUCCCUUGCCCGAUCGCUCGGACCCUUCCCAGCUCGGCUUCGUCACCUUUUCCGUGCUUCGGUGUCGUAUAAACACUCCGACGAGAGCUGGGAGAGUGUGGAAUGUGAAGUGGGGAUGA